AAGAAAGAUCAGUUCGUUUUUCGCCAUUGACGUGAUCGUUGCGUGUAUAAAGGCGGUGUUUGCUUGGUGUUAAUAUCGCGUCAAAGAGUUAGAAAAGUGCCAGUGUGUGCAUCAAACAAAAAUAAAGUGAAAAUAAUAAAUCUGCUUCAUUUCUGGAUUAGAUAAAACAAGUUUUGGACUUACAAAAAGUUUUGUGAAAACUGUAAAAAAUAUUCUCUAGUGAAAUAAAACACACAUCAAAAAAUGACCGACAAAUCACCCAUCAAACAAUUCUAUGCCGGCAAAAAUGUCUUCAUCACCGGUGCCACCGGCUUUGUGGGAGUCACCAUCAUUGAGAAAUUCUUGCGUGAUAUUCCCGAAAUUGGCACUCUGUACAUUUUGAUGCGCGGCAAACGUGGCAAAUCGGUGGAACAGCGUUUGGAAGAGUUGAAAACAAAUUCCGUUUUCAAUAAAUUCAAAGAAUUGAAAUUGGAAGAUCGUUUUGCCAAAAUCCGACCCGUCGAAGGUGAUGUGGGUCAAGAUAACUUGGGCCUCUCCGAUGCCGAUCGUCAACUGCUCAUCGACAAUGUCAAUGUUGUCAUUCACUCAGCAGCCACAUUAGAUUUCUUCCAAGGUCUGCGCGACACGACCUGCAUUAAUUUGCUGGGAACACGUCGUGUUGUCGAACUCUGCUCACAAAUUAAGAAUUUAAAUUCAUUGGUCCAUGUCUCGAGUGCCUAUGUUAAUUCCUAUAUCACCGAGGUUGAAGAGAAACUAUAUCCUGCCCCCGAUGAUCCAGAGAGAAUUAUAGAAUUGGUCAGCAAAUCAACGGACAAGGAGCUGAAAGAAAUGGAACCUCAAAUCCUCAAGGACCAUCCUAACACAUACACAUUUACAAAGCAUUUGGCCGAACAUGAGGUUGCCAAGGCUUCGACACGUUUCGCCUGCGGCAUUGUUAGACCCAGUAUGAUUACCGCUGCCUGGAAAGAACCCAUACCCGGUUGGACUAUAUCGAAAAAUGGACCACAAGGUUUUGUCAUGGGUGCCGCUAAAGGUGUUAUCAGACGUUUGCCUUUAGACUCUAAUAUCAUUAUGGAUUAUAUACCUGUGGAUGUAGUCACAAAUGCCAUCAUUACAACUGGUUACUAUGUGGAUGCUUUGAAGCAAAAGAAUGGCAACAAACCUGAUCAAUUGCAAAUCUUCCACAUGACCUCAAGUACCUACAAACCAUUCCGAUUUGAUGGAUUAGUACCUCAAAUGAAUGCUGCCAUGCACGAAUUCCCCCUCAAAUCUGCUGUGUGGUAUCCCAAUUUGAAGUUCGUCGACAACUUAACGGUAUUCCGUAUUGGUGCUAUUCUCUUCCACUUUUUGCCAGCCAUCUUUUUAGAUCUUUUAACCGUGGUUACUGGCGGUAGGCCAAUUCUAUUGAAACUCCAUCGCAAUGUUUGGAACUCCUUGAACACUUUGGAGAAGUUCAUUUUCACUGAAUGGCACUAUGACAAUAAGCUGGGCAUUAAAUUGGCCAAGUCUUUGGCUCCCGAGGAUCAGAAGACUUUCUGUAUUGACAUUGGCACUUUGAGCUGGGAGGAGUAUUUCAAAAAUAUGCACUUGGGUGUGCGUGAAUAUUUGAACAAAGAAUCACCAAAGAAUUUGGAGGCAGCCAAAAGCAAGGAUAACAUUUUGUUGUGGCUUCAUUGUGCCCUACAAUUGGCUUUCUACUAUGGCGUCUUCCGUUUGUUCAUCUGCUUUGGAAUGACAAAUGCGUUUGCCGCUCUAUUUUUACCACUCGUCUACAUGAUUAUGAUCCGACUAUAAAUCUGACGUGCAUCGACUUCAGUUAUCCUUUAGUUUUAUAAACUUACACUCCUCUGCUGUAUCUUUUCUUUUAAUUUAUAAUUUGAAUUUCUUUGGUUUCUUUUUUUAAUUUAUAUUCUUGUUUGGAUGUUAUACAAUACAAAUACAUAUACAUACAUAUGUACUUAACGAAGUAAUGGUAUGGAAAUAUAA